CUGCAUCCAGUAGUGCUUACACACACACCACAAAACGACGAGACGAAAAAAUCUAUCUUUUCAAGUUUCCAUGGAGAUGCACACACUCGUUGACGACCCUCUUUCCCCUUCUCGUUUUCUUCUCUUAUAAAAUUGUUCAUGUCGAAAAAGCAUGUUUAGUUUUUUGAUAAUAAAUGGGAUCUAAAUGUUGCAAAAACUCAAAAUCUCCUCCGGACGAUCAAAACAGGUUGCUUCGUCGUGAGUUGUCAUCAGGAGACGAUCAGUAUCGUUCAUCAAAUAAUAAUUUAUAUCCACUAAGAAUAAGUGAACUUCGUCCAGUGGCGAAUCGUAGUCAAAGCCAGCAAAAACUUUACACAUUUAUACCACCAACGAACAGCUCUCCUCAGAAUAAGAACGCAAAAAGUGAGAAAAACGGAAAGAAAAUGACAUUAAUCACUGGAAUGGCAAAAUCUGAUACUGCUUCGACCGGAGGCGGUGGCGGACCACCAAUUUUUAUAAGACAAUUAAACGAUACGUCCAUCAAAGUGGGAACCAAAGCAAGACUUUUGGUAGAAGUUGAUCCAAACUAUGGUGGAGAUAAUAACAAUGGGGUACUGAAGGUCACAUUCUACCGAAAUGAUGUCAAAAUUAUAAAUACAUUAUCAUCAUCUUCGUCUGGUGGGGGCGAUUCUCAGCCAAGGUAUUUACAAGGAAAUGAAGGACGAUUUUAUUUCUUGGAUAUUUCCGAAGUUCACAUCGAGGAUGAAGGAAAGUGGAUUUGCCUUAUUGAAAAUUUUCAUGGGAGGAGUUCCUCAACUUGUCUUGUUAAAGUCAUGGUUCCAAAAGCGUACAAGUAUCCGGAAUUUGUCGAAGGUCUUAAAGCGAUACUCACUUCCGCUGGGACUGUUUCUCUGGAGUGCAAGGUUAUCGGCACGCCCACUUGCAUACUUAAAUGGUACAAAGAUGGAAAAGAAAUACGUGCCGGUGAUAUAUUUGCACUUCGUGGUGACCCAUCUUCAUUGGGAGUGUAUACGGUUGAAGCUUGUAACUGUAUGGGGAGCGUUACAAGUUCUUCAAAAGUGCAUAUGCUGGGUGGAUCUGCGGACGAAGAUCGGUUGACUGUAGUACAAAACCUGUCAGAUUGUCGUGUUCGUGUCGGAGAUAAGCAUGAGUUUCAAUUUAAAUUAAGUAGACCUUUGGGCAAUAAAGAUGUUAUUCAAUGGUUCAAUAAAUCCCAAAGUGUCGAGUUGAAAGAUAGACUUAUUCCCAGUGCGGAUGGAAGCGUGUGUAAAUUAUUUGUGAGUCAAGUGGAAGUGCAAGAUGAGGGAGAGUGGGAGUGUUUUGUGACUACGGCUGGGAAUCAAAAAGUCUCGUCGUCCUGUUCAAUGUCCAUCCUUAUUCCAAGAAAUUAUAGGAGACCGAGAUUCCUGGAACAAUUAAGGGCCAUUCUCACGGAAGAGGGUCUUGUCAGUUUCGAGUGUAAAGUAUGCGGUUUUCCUACCCCGAAUCUCGUUUGGACGAAGGAUAACGUAGAACUGAAACCAGGGGAUGUGUACCAGUUGAGUGGAGCAAACUCAUUGGGCGUCUAUCAAUGUAUCGCACGCAACUGCAUGGGAAACGCACAGUCCAGCACAGAGCUCACCCUCGAAGAUAUCCAGCACCAAUUGAGCGAUGACGAAAAGAGACAACUUCUCCAAGACAAGACUUCAAGACCACCAAAGUUCUUAAAAGGUCUGAAAUCUAUAGAACAGAAGAUUGGAGAAUCGUGUCAACUGCAAGUGCAAGUCAAUGAUCCCAAAGCCACGGUCAGUUGGUUUAGGGACGGAAUUCAUCAAAUUGAAAGUGAUGAUGAGAAAUAUUCCAUUAAACAAGAAGGUGGACUUGGACUUCAUACCUUGGAUAUUAAAGUUUUAGAAUUUGAGGAUCAAGCAGAAUGGAAAUGUACAGGAAGUAAUGAUUAUGGCCAUAGCUUCACAUCUUCGAGAAUUAAGUUGAUUAUUCCAAGUCAUUAUAAGAAACCGAAAUUUUUGGAGUCUCUCACAGCAAUUCUGAGCGAGGAUAAAACUGUGAAUUUGGAGUGCAAGGUCAUUGGAGUACCGGUUCCAGUACUAAAAUGGUACAAGGAUGGGGUCGAGUUGAAAGCUGGAGACAUUCAUCGGAUAAUUUCUGGAGCAGAUGGAACUUGCUGCUUGGGAACCUAUUGUUGUGAAGCUCGAAACGUAAUGGGAACCGUUUCAUCGAGUGCAGCACUUUUAGGAUUUGAAGAUAAACUUCUUCCACAAAAACAAGCCUCUGCAGAUGCUCAAGCUAACGCCAUGAAUAAUUUGACCCGCGAUCCAUCGCUUUCCACAAUUUUGGAAGAGCGGACGUCUCAAAUGAUGAGUGCUUGUGACACACCCAUGGUGCAUAACAGAUCAAUUGAAGAAGAUGUCAAAGGGGAAAUUAGCUUAUCAAUUGAUGGAAAAGAUGUGUCCGUUUCUCUCUAUGAAACUCCAGAUCUUACAGAAAACGAUGCCAAGCAAAUCAUUGAAAUGUUUGCUGAACAAUAUUCGGAAUAUAUUUCUGAGCACAACAUCGUUCCUCUGCCAUCACUUCGUUUCAUGAAAGAAGCCUCCACCUCGGGAAAUAUAGUAAUGGAAGCAGUUGUGAUCGACGUGACAGAUGAUCCUUUCGAGUCUGCAAAAUCAGCCUCUAUGGCCCAAGUUAAAGAAGAUGACCUCAAUACUGAAGGAGACGUUGACGACUUUUCCGAAUCAUUUGAGAGCCCAUUAGAAUUAUCAAGUGAUGUUGGUGCAGAUAUGGAAAGAAGACAUUCCACUGGAAUAUCGAGGUCCAGAAAAUCUAGUUCUAAAAAAUCAAAAUCAAAACACCCUCAGCAGCAAGCAGUAGCCGAGCAAAGUUUACCAGGCUCAGAAGAAGCAUUCUUGACUGCGGAGAGUGAUCAGACAAUGUCUCAAAAAUUUGCAGAAAUACAGGAGACGUUGCACAGCCUUCACGAGGCUGAGACAUUUUACGCGAGUGCAGACGAGAGUGGAGAUAAACGAGCGAAUGAAAAGUUGGUGGAAGGUGGCGAGAAAAAAUCUCGUGCUCUUGCCGAACAAAGAGGCGUUCAUAUGUCAACUGACAUUGAUCUCAUUGAAGAAAGUCUUAAAGCCUUGUCCUCGGAUGCUCUUAACAUGAAAGCCACAGUUGCAGAGACGAUUAUAGCAAGUCAGAAACAACAAACUGGGCUUACUUGCCAAGAAAACAGACAUUUGACUGAGUUGGAAAGUCUCCAAGAUGACAAUAAAUUAUUAUCUGAGACUCUCUGUGAUGUCACGUACCAACAAUUUCAAGCGGUUGAAGGUGAUAAUAAACAACCAUUCGAGACCAUUGAAUCCUUAACUAGUCAUGAAGAAAAUUUACAAUUUGGACGAGAUAAUCUCAGCCACCAUAUGUUUGAACCGAUUGGUCAUGAGUUUCAACAACAGCUUAGCCAAGUGCAAACCUUUCAUGAUGAAGAUGAGCGCAACUAUUACCUGCAAGAGGAAGGAUUAGACGUUAAUCAUCCAUACGAAUCGGGCAAAUUUAUUGGGAUUGAAAUGGCUGAAAUGGUCUUGUUAGAGGGAGCGGAUACUUUCUCUGAUAUUGACUCGUCUUACUCCGGUGUUCAUGAAAGAGAGGUCUCACCUGGGGUGAUGGACCAAUUGGAAAAAUAUGGCCACGAUGGUCAAGCUUUGUUUCAUGAAGGAGAAUUUCCCGAACAAAUGUAUGAUCAAUAUGACCAAAUGUUUGCAGAUGUAGGAUUUCAACAAAUGAAUACAAUUGACCAAGCAUAUGAGGAAUAUAUUGCUGCACAAAACGCAAUUGGGGGAGAAAGUCAAACUCAGCUUGACUUAACAAAAUUAGCCACAAGCAAGAAAGACGAUGUUGCUGAAGCUAAGAAACACAAACUAGAAACAAAGACAUUAGCAAAAGAGGAAGCUCAAGAAUUGCAAGUUACCCCAAAACGGGCUAGAGAAGUAGCUGACUUGCAGCAAGUGUCUGAAGACCUGAUAACAGAACCUAAUAAAAAUGGACAAGCAAAGUCUAAGGAUACACGAGCAGAUAAGAAAUUAGCGACAGCAGUUGCAGACAAAGAUGACUCAGAUAAAAAUAGUACUGACUUUAAGAAAAAGAUGUCGGAAAUUUCUCACACUGAGCAGGAAAAAAUUGAUACUCAAGUUCUCAGUGGGAAAAAAGAGAACGAGGCAGAAGUUAAAGAAACAAAACUCGUCAAACGAACAGAGUCUCAGAAAUCGGAAUUAGAGGAAACGGGAGUAGAACAAAGUUCGAUGCAGAAAUUGGAAAAGAAACCUAAAAAUAUUGCGGAUGCGACUAAAAUACAUGUCGAUGACAUGAUGCAGCCUAAAUCAGUAAACAUUACAAUUGAUGAGGAAGUUGACCUGAAAACUGAAGAACAGAAGAACAAAGACGAAACAGCUAAGCAAAACCAACUUGAAGUUAAAGCUAAGAAGGAAGAGCUGGAAAGCAAGUCUAGUAAGGAGAAGGCGGCGAAAGAUGAACUCGAGGCAGAAGUCAAGAAAGAGAAAGACGAGCCAAAAUCCAAAAGAGAUGAACUAGAAGCUAAUGUGAAAAACGAUGAACUUGAGGCAAAAACCAAACAAGAAAGUGAGGAGAAAAUCACAAAAGAAAAUGAUGAGAAAGCCAAGAAAGAUAAUGUUCAGGCCAAGGACAAGAUGGAGGAACUUGAACCCAAAGCAAAGGAGGAACAAGAAGAGAAAGCUAAGAAAGAUGACCUUGAAGCGAAAGAAAAUAAAGAGAACAAAGCUAAGAAAGAUGAUGAGACUCAAGCUAAAAUAAAGAAGGAGCAAGAAGAGAAAGCUACAAAAGCUGAAGUUGAAGCUAAGGCAAAGAAGGGGCAAGACGAGAAGCCUAAGAAAGACGAGCCUGAAGCCAAAGCAAAGCAAGAAGAGGAAGACAAGGCUAAGAAAGAUAAAGUUGAAGCUAAAACAAAGAAAGAGCAAGAGGAGCAGGCUAAGAAUGAUGAAGCGGAAGCUAAAGCAAAGAAGGAAAAGGAAGACAAAGUCAAGAAAGAUGAAGCUGAACCUAAGGCCAAGAAAGAUGAAGCUGAAACCAAGGACAAGAAAGAUGACGCUGAAACUAAGGCCAAGAAAGAGGAAGCUGAAACUAAGGCCAAGAAAGGUGACGCUGAAACUAAGGCCAAGAAAGAGGAAGCUGAAACUAAGGCCAAGAAAGAGGAAGCUGAAACUAAGGCCAAGAAAGAGGAAGCUGAAGCGAAGGCAAAGAAGGAACAAGAGGAGAAAGCUAAGAAAGAUGAAGCCGAAGCUAAAGCCAAGAAGGAAAAGGAAGAGAAAGCUAAGAAAGAUGAAGCCGAAGCUAAAGCCAAGAAGGAAAAGGAAGAGAAAGCCAACAGAGAUGAAGCUGAAGCGAAGGCCAAGAAGGAGCAAGAAGAGAAAGCUAAGAAAGAUGAAGCGGAAGCUAAAGCCAAGAAGGAAAAGGAAGAGAAAGCUAAGAAAGAUGAAGCUGAAGCGAAGGCCAAGAAAGAUGAAGCUGAAACGAAGGCCAAGAAAGAUGAAGCUGAAGCGAAGGCCAAGAAAGAUGAAGCUGAAGCGAAGGCCAAGAAAGAUGAAGCUGAAGCGAAGGCCAAGAAAGAUGAAGCUGAAGCGAAGGCGAAGAAGGAACUAGAAGAGAAAGCUAAGAAAGAUGAAGCGGAAGCUAAAGGAAAGAAGGAAAAGGAAGAGAAAGCUAAGAAAGAUGAAGCUGAGGCGAAGGCCAAGAAGGAUGAGAAAGCCAAAAAAGAUGAAGCUGAAGCGAAGGCCAAGAAGGAAAAGGAGGAGAAGGCCCAGAAAGAUGAAGCUGAAGCGAAGGCCAAGAAGGAAAAGGAAGAGAAAGCUAAGAAAGAUGAAGCGGAAGCUAAAGGAAAGAAGGAAAAGGAAGAGAAAGCUAAGAAAGAUGAAGCUGAAGCGAAGGCCAAGAAGGAAAAGGAAGAGAAAGCUAAGAAAGAUGAAGCUGAAGCGAAGGCCAAGAAGGAAAAGGAAGAGAAAGCUAAGAAAGAUGAAGCGGAAGCUAAAGGAAAGAAGGAAAAGGAAGAGAAAGCUAAGAAAGAUGAAGCUGAGGCGAAGGCCAAGAAGGAUGAGAAAGCCAAAAAAGAUGAAGCUGAAGCGAAGGCCAAGAAGGAAAAGGAGGAGAAGGCCCAGAAAGAUGAAGCUGAAGCGAAGGCCAAGAAGGAAAAGGAGGAGAAAGCUAAGAAAGAUGAAGCUGAAGCGAAGGCCAAGAAGGAGCAAGAAGAGAAAGCUAAGAAAGAUGAAGCUGAGGCGAAGGCCAAGAAGGAAAAGGAAGAGAAAGCUAAGAAAGAUGAAGCUGAAGCGAAGGCCAAGAAGGAAAAGGAAGAGAAAGCUAAGAAAGAUGAAGCUGAAGCGAAGGCCAAGAAGGAGCAAGAAGAGAAAGCUAAGAAAGACGAAGCGGAAGCUAAAGCCAAGAAUGAAAAGGAAGAGAAAGCUAAGAAAGAUGAAGCUGAAGCGAAGGCCAAGAAGGAAAAGGCAGAGAAAGCUAAGAAAGAUGAAGCUGAAGCGAAGGCCAAGAAGGAAAAGGACGAGAAGGCCAAGAAAGAUGAAGCUGAAGCGAAGGCCAAGAAGGAAAAGGACGAGAAGGCCAAGAAAGAUGAAGCUGAAGCGAAGGCCAAGAAGGAAAAGGAAGAGAAAGCCAAGAAAGACGAAGCUGAAGCGAAGGCCAAGAAGGAAAAGGACGAGAAGGCCAAGAAAGAUGAAGCUGAAGCGAAGGCCAAGAAGGAAAAGGACGAGAAAGCCAAGAAAGAUGAAGCUGAAGCGAAGGCCAAGAAGGAAAAGGACGAGAAGGCCAAGAAAGAUGAAGCUGAAGCGAAGGCCAAGAAGGAAAAGGACGAGAAGGCCAAGAAAGAUGAAGCUGAAGCGAAGGCCAAGAAGGGAAAGGACGAGAAGGCCAAGAAAGACGAAGCUGAAGCGAAGGCCAAGAAGGAAAAGGAAGAGAAAGCCAAGAAAGAUGAAGCUGAAGCGAAGGCCAAGAAGGAAAAGGACGAGAAGGCCAAGAAAGAUGAAGCUGAAGCGAAGGCCAAGAAGGAAAAGGACGAGAAGGCCAAGAAAGAUGAAGCUGAAGCGAAGGCCAAGAAGGAGCAAGAAGAGAAAGCUAAGAAAGACGAAGCGGAAGCUAAAGCCAAGAAGGAAAAGGAAGAGAAAGCUAAGAAAGGCGAAGCUGAAGCUAAGGCAAAGAAAGAGGAGGAAGAGAAAGCUAAAAAAGACGAAGCUGAAGCUAAGGCAAAGAAAGUACAAGAAGAGAAAGCAAAGAAAGAACAAGAAGAGAAAGCAAAGAAAGAACAAGAAGAGAAAGCAAAGAAAGAACAAGAAGAGAAAGCAAAGGAAGAACAAGAAGAGAAAGCAAAGGAAGAUGAAGCGGAAACUAAAGCGAAGAAGGAAAAGGACGAGAAAGUUAAGAAAGCUGAAGCUGAAACGAUAUCCAAGAAGGAAAAGGAAGAGAAAGCCAAGAAAGAACAAGAUGAAGCGGAAGCUAAAGAAAAGGAGGAGAAAGCAAAGAAGGAUGAAACUGAAGCCAAGGCCAAGAAAGAAAACGAAGAGAAGGCUAAGAAAGAUGAAGCUGAAGCCAAGGCCAAGAAGGAACAAGAGGAGAAAGCGAAGAAAGACGUAGCGGAAGCUAAGACAAAGAAGGAACAAGAUGAGAAAACUAAGAAAGACGAAGGUGAAGCUCAGGCCAAGAAAGAGAAGGAAGAAAAAGCUAAGAAGGAUGAAGCAGAAGCUAAAGCAAAGAAGGAAAAGGAAGAGAAAGCUAAGAAAGAUGAAGCUGAAUCUAAAGCAAAGAAAGAAAAGGAAGAGAAAGUUAAAAAAGAUGAAGCAGAAGCUAAAGAAAAUGAGGACAAAACUAAAAAGGAUGGAGUCGAGCAUAAAAGAGACAAAGAGAAGAAUGAAGAUAAAUCCAAGAAGCAAAGCGACCUGGAUGCAAAACCUAAGCAAGGCAUGGGGGAUGAAAGUAAAAUUAAUAAACCUGAACAAAAAGCCGGUUCAAUAAGAGAUAAAGACGCUGGUAUGAAGGCUAAUGAGAGUCAUUCUGAGGACACCAAUCAGUCAAUUGAAAAAGAAAGUGUUGGUGACGCUAAAGAGUCUGAUGAAAGUAGGAGAAAGUCACAAAUGAUGGAGAAACGUCCGAGUUUAGACGACUCAUUGAAAUUGUCCAGUGUUAAAAAAGUUAAUAAAAUUGAAUUACACAGCCUCAAAGUUGCAGAAGGAGGAGAGCCGUCAGAAACUGAAAAUUCAAAAUCAGCCAAAGAUGAGGUCAACUCCAAAGAUGCACCAGCAGACAUUUUAGUAAAAGCAGAAUUAGCUGCAAAAGGAGAAGAGGGAAAGAAGGACAUUGUUGAUGGGUCAAGUGCUAAAGAAAGCAAAUCCCUCAAGGAAUCCAAAAAACCUAACGAUAAAGAUAUCACCAACGACGCAGCCAAGACUGCCAAAACAGCAGAGAAAGUCAAAGAUUCUGAAAAUAAGGAAACCACAAAAUCUGAGAAAGAAUUAAUUCCAGAUAAAUCUGAUAAAGCUAAGGGCGGCGAAACUCUCAAGAAGGAUUCGUCGAAAAACGCCGAUGUAUCUGAAAAUGGAAAACUCGUACGAAACGAUUCGAAUGAUAAACAAGAUGACAAGGGGUCGAAAAAGAGUUCGGCAAAAAAGCCAUCUAUUAAAAAGAAGCUUUCUUUGAAGCAUGGAGAAUCUGAAGUAGCUGAAAAGGUACCAGAUGCAAGGAAAGAUUCUCUACAAGAAAAUUUGGCGAAAGAUAGAAAAUCAUCCACGGAUGAAACUAAAUUGAAAUCAGGCUCGAAACCCUGCGAGGAUUUGCAAGCGGCGGAAUUUGUCAAAAAAGUAAGUGACAGUGGAACCGGUGAGGAUAAUAAAAUUGACGGAAUUAGUAUUGUUACAUCCUCAUCACUAUCAUCAAAUGAUGACAAAGAAUCAAAGAAACUUGUUAAACAAGGAUCACCUAUAAAGGAUACUGAAAAAUCGAUUCCAAUUUCACCCACCAAGUCACAUACAGAUGUAGCAGACUCUGUCCAACAAAUUUCCAAAGAUAGCAGCAAACCAAUUUCAUCAGCAUAUGCAGAUGAACCGAGAGGAUACUCUGCUAAAUCAUACAUUACUGCAGAAACUGAACAACCAUCUUAUACAAAAACCCCAAGACGCAUAACAUACGAAGCAGAAGAUGUGCAGCCCACAUGUCAUAAGAAACAUGAUGACUCGGACCGCUACAAUCGCCUCAGUUAUAGAUCACGGUCGAUUGACCAUAUUUGUACAAGUGGUGGGGACAGCGACGUCCAUGCCCGUGGAUUAGUUACCGUUGGGGGAGGACCUUCGCCUUUUAUGUUGAUGGCGCAAGAUCGUAUGGAAUCUUUUGGUUAUUUUUCGUCUGGUAAUAGAAAACAGUUUGAUGACUUUAAAGCUUUACAACGUCCCGAUUACACACCACACUACAUUCGUCCACGUCAUCACCACCGCAAAGGAUGGGAGGAAGACUCAUUAACAGAAGUGGAUGAAUUAUCAAUCGACAAAGUCUCUACGCCACCACCAAUCGUUCCGCCAAGAAUGAGACGCCAGCAAAGAACGUAUCAAGUGAAACUUUCCAGCGAAACUGAAGACUUAGUUCCGAGUAAACACGGUUAUCACGGUGGAUCGUCGUAUUCUGGUCACAGUAAUAUUCCAUCAUAUUUCACACUGCCAUCAAUGGGUUACUCGUACUUUUCUAUGGAUUCACUUCCUGGUUACACUGGUUCUAUGGAACAUUUGGAUGAAACUGCUCGAAGGAGAAAACCAAAAUUUAGUAUGAAACUUCAAGAUCGCACUACACCCAUUUACACGGAAGCUGUGAAGUUUACAUGCACCGUAUUUGGACAACCUCCUCCUACGAUACAAUGGUAUAAGAAUGGAAUGCCGAUAUUUUCUGAUCGUCAGAAAUACACAAUUACGAAUGACCAUGGCGUAGCAGUUCUGGACAUCAAACAUGUUGAUAAAAAUGAUGAAUCCAUUAUAACAUGUUUUGCGCAAAAUUUCUACGGAAAAGCUGCUUGUUCUGCAGUCUUGCACGUUGUAGGGAUGGGAGACUCUAAGGGUAUCCUGUCUGACAGUGGAGGAGGAAAGUGUAUCCCUGUGAAUUUCACUACGGAUAUUAUGGAAACCUAUUUCCCGGAAGUGAAUGAACUUGUGCUGGAAUGUCAAAUGACUGGGGCUAAACCUCAAGUUACUUGGAUGAAAAACGGAGAAGUUAUUGUUUCUCAUGAUCAAACAACGUACGGAAGAUUUAAAGCUGAAAAUUGGAUGCUAUUCGACAGUGGAAAAUGCAGAUUAAUUAUUCAAAGACCUAGAAAUUCUGAUUCAGGAGUCUAUACGUGCUGUCUAAAAAAUUAUGAUAUGACAAAUGUGGGUAGCAGAAAAAUUUGUAUGAGUGACGAAAUCACCAAAUUAGUCAGCGUUAAACAAAAUUCAGCACCAGGUGGAAUCUAUGCGUAUAUUCCACCAAAGGGAACGGUAGGGAUGAAAACAGCAACCUUUGAAUAUCAGUCACCAUCAUUUAAUAAACAAUUGGACGAUUUCAAGAAAAUCCGAUUGGGGGACGAUCUCAUUUUAACAAUCGAAAUCUUGGGUACUCCUCAACCCACUGUUCGUUGGUUUCAUCAUAAAAACUCAACGCACCCAAUGCAACCAACGCCACGUUGUCGAAUAUUUAGCGAAGGACCAGGAGUUCAUACAUUAUUAAUCCCAGAAAUAACAGGUUGCGAUCUUGGGACGUAUAUUGUACGGAUAAAUAACAAGUAUGGUCAAGCUGAGUCCUCAUGCUCCGUAUCCGAAUUGAUACAUGGUCUCACUGGAGACACCAAGCAUGCGGGGACUUGCAGAGAACAAAGACCACCCACGUUUGUUAGAGAACCACCCGAAAUGUUUUGUCUUCGGUGUGGAGACGAUCUUAUUUUCGAUUGUCAUGUUGAAGGAUGGCCACAACCUGCGGUGAACCUCUACCGCGGAUGUCGAAAUGUGACGCUGCAACCACGAGCUUAUAAGGAAGUACUCCCACAAGUUUCCGCCCCCGAUGAUCACCAGCAUGUUCGUUUCACAAUUUCGAAAUUGCAAUGCACAGAUUUCGGUUUAUACACGGUCGAAGUAAAAAAUAUUAUGGGAGUGGCAAAAUGUUUCGUUAACCUCAAACUCCGCGACCGCGCCCAUUCAAUAUCCCCGUCCCCUGCAAUAUGUCCUGGUCGUCAGCAAUGGACCGGAUCAUUAUCACGAUUAGAUAAACCAUACUAUCCUCACCACCAUCACAACUAUCACCAAAGUAGAAUUAGGAGCAAAAGUACCUUCAGCUUGCCAUAUUCCUCUUCUGAUUAUUAAAUUAUGAGCUUUUACUCUCCAUUUAAUUGUAUUUUUUUGGGUCAGGCUAGAUUAUUUUUUUUUGUAGAGCUAAUGAUAUAUUUUUUCUCAACCAUCGUCAUCGUCUUGAACUGCAAGAUGCGGGGGUGGCCAAGAAAGUAGAGUUAAAGGACCGAACGCGUGGGUGGCAUAUUUUUUGAAAAUUUAUUACAUCAGAGAGAAUACAAAAAAGUGUCUUCUUCGAUGAUGAGUGAAAUAAAUAAAUUGAUUGAGGGGGAGGAGGCGGGAAAACUUAAAA